AUGGACCACCCCCUCAUCCAAAACUACCCCCUCCCCAACCAUAUGCAAUCCAUUCUCCAAGCCUGCUCCUCCGCAAAUCUCGCAUCCCUCCAAACCCUUCUAAAACCCUACAACUAUCCCCCAACCGGCACCUCACCGACCUGGUGCGAAUCAGACACCAGUCCUCCGGAGACCUGGAAAAUGGUAACCGUUGCCAUAACCCACGGACACAUACAUAUACUCGCCUACCUACUUACCUUGUACUCGCGCGGAGGCGGGGGGAUUGAGUGUGACCCGGUUAUCGAGGCUAUUCUGAACAAUCCGGAUGUACAGGUCAUGACCCUCGUUCACAACCACUCCCCACGCUCGAUAUAUUACACUUUUAAUUCGGGGGAGACACUCCUCUCAACAGCAUGUAGAAGAUGCCAAUACCGAUCGCAGUCUGAUCCGUUCAUGUCCAAAAUGCUUCCGCUUAUUCAUUACCUACUGGAUAACGGUGUCUCGCCAGCCAAGCACGUCCAUGACAGAUUCCGUGGAGACAGUGCUUUACUCCCAGCAGUACAAUCAUCAUUGCCUAUUGAUGUCAUAGAAAAGAUGAUUCGGUGCGGUGCGGUCGUUGGCGUCGAGGAGUUUGGGGAGGCUGUUGGGGGGAAGAGGAUUGAUGUUCUAGGACUGUUUAUGGAGAAAGGGGUGUUUGGUGGAAUUUCGUAUACGGAACUGUGUGAUGUUGCUAGGGAAAGGGCGAAUGGUGAUGUGAAUGGGGAGAUUGGUCGGUUCGUGAAGAGGGGGGUUAGGCGGAGGAUGUGGAGAGAUAGGAGGGAUCUAUGCUUGUCCAGGUUGUGUCUUUUUAGGAGUAUAUAG